AUGUCCAACUUCGUGUCGUCUCCACGAAGCAUCCCUUCAGAUGCCGCAAGACUUCUAAAUUCGUCCCAUAUCUCCUCCUCCUUGGGCAGAUCCGCCAAUUCGCCUCUGAGCAGUCAGCCUAAUGUCCAAUAUAGUGAUACACUGCAAGCCCAGACGGCCGCUAAGGAGAGGGAGAUGAGAAUGCCUGCUCUGAUUAGAAGCGCCGUUGAAGUUCCCAAGGUUGUCGAUGUCACCGGUGAAAAAGUUCGUGAAUCGUUCGAGCAGUUCAUCGAGGAGUUUGUCGACCAGGAAAGUGCCGAUGAUGAGUGGGGCGGAAAGGCAUACUUGGCUCAAAUUGAAUCGAUGAGAGUCUUUGAAUACUCCACCUUGUACGUGGACUACCAGCAUUUGGUGGGCAGAGAGAACGGUGUCUUGGCCACUGCUAUUUUGGAACAGUACUACCGUUUCAACCCAUUCUUGUUGAAGGGUUUGAGAAGACUUUUGAAGAGAUACGCUCCCUCAUUGCUCUACAUGAGCUUGUUGGGAAAUAACGACGCAAACGCCGAGGGCGCCGAUACGGAGGCUGGCUCUUCAAGCACCUCGGGCGCCACGUCUAACGAGAGAGUCUUCCAGAUCUCCUUCUUUAACUUGCCUGUCACCCACAGAAUUCGUGACAUCAGAACAGAGAAAAUCGGCUCAUUGAUGGCUAUUUCUGGUACCAUUACGCGUACUUCUGAGGUUAGACCCGAAUUGCACAAGGGUUCCUUCACCUGUGACAUGUGUUCUGCUGUGGUGGAUGGAGUGGAACAAAUCUUCCGCUUCACCGAGCCCACUGCAUGUCCCUCAUGUCCUAACCAAUCCUACUGGACGUUGAAUGUCGCCAAGUCACAGUUCAUCGACUGGCAAAAGUGUCGUAUCCAAGAAAAUUCCAAUGAGAUCCCUACAGGCUCUAUGCCCAGAACAUUAGACGUGAUCUUGCGUGGUGAGGCCGUCGAGAAAGCAAAGCCCGGUGACAAGUGUAAGUUCACGGGUACAGAAAUUGUCAUCCCAGACGUCUCUCAAUUGGGCUUGCCUGGCAUUAAGGCUCAGUCCAUCAGAGAAAGUACAGCCAACAACUCCGAUUUCAACUCAGGUGUUUCUGGUUUGAGAUCUCUUGGUGUGAGAGACCUUACCUAUAAGCUUGCUUUCUACGCGUGUCACGUCAGCUCACUUGUCAACAAACCUUCCGACAAUGGAAACAGUAAUGAAGAGGAGCAGGGUCCUAAUGACCAGGAAGUGUUCUUGAACUCGUUGUCUGACUCUGAGGUCACUCAGCUUAAGGAUAUGGUCAAAGAUGAGCAUGUCUACGACAAGCUUGUUCGUUCCGUCGCUCCUGCUGUCUUUGGUCACGAAACUAUCAAAAAAGGUAUUUUGUUGCAGAUGCUUGGAGGUGUGCACAAGAAAACUGUUGAUGGUAUUAACUUGAGAGGUGAUAUUAAUAUCUGUGUCGUGGGUGACCCAUCGACUUCGAAAUCUCAGUUCUUGAAAUACGUUUGUGGUUUCUCUCCAAGAGCAGUUUACACAUCUGGUAAAGCUUCCUCGGCCGCUGGUUUGACAGCUGCCGUUGUUAAAGAUGAAGAGAGUGGUGAGUACACCAUUGAGGCCGGUGCCUUGAUGUUGGCGGAUAACGGAAUUUGUGCUAUUGAUGAGUUCGACAAGAUGGACCUUGUUGACCAAGUUGCUAUUCACGAGGCUAUGGAACAGCAGACUAUUUCCAUCGCAAAGGCUGGUAUCCACGCUACUUUGAAUGCUCGUACUUCCAUCUUGGCUGCUGCUAACCCAAUUGGUGGUCGUUACAACAGGAAGUUGGGCUUGCGUGCUAACUUGAACAUGACUGCGCCAAUCAUGUCCAGAUUCGACAUGUUUUUCGUUGUCUUGGACGACUGUAACGAGAGAGUGGACACCCAAUUGGCAUCGCAUAUCGUUGAUUUACACAUGUUGAAGGACGAUGCUAUUGACCCACCGUUCUCUGCUGAGCAGUUGACAAGAUACAUCAAGUAUGCUAAAACCUUCAAACCUCGCAUGACCAAGGAAGCCAGGGACUUCUUGGUUGCCAAAUAUAAGGAGUUGAGAAGCGACGAUGCCCAGGGUCUCGGAAGAUCCUCAUACAGAAUUACAGUGAGACAGUUGGAAUCGAUGGUUAGAUUGUCUGAAGCUAUCGCUCGUGCCAACUGUACUGAAGAAAUUACACCCACAUUCGUUUCUGAAGCCUACGACUUGUUGCGUUCGUCUAUCAUCAGAGUCGAGAUGGAUGACAUCCAGAUUGACGACGAUGAUGCCGAUGGAGAAACCAUGGAUAUUGAAGAUGAUGACGCCAACCCUGAAGUGGAGGAAAUUCGUGACGGACUUGAAACUUCGGUUACACGUAGGGCAAGAGAUGCUCCUCGUUCCAGUAUUUCCUACGACAGAUACGUUGCCAUGAUGAACCUAAUAGUGAAGAAGGUUUCGGAUGAUGAUACUGCUGGAGGCAACGGUUUGACCAGAGAUGAGAUUGUCGACUGGUACUUGCAUCAAAAGGAGGACGAGAUCAACACUGAGCAAGAGUUCCAUGCUGAAAGAGCUUUGGCAUAUAAGGUGUUGAAGAAGUUGGAUAAGGACCGGAUCUUGAUGAGUGUCACGCAGAAUCUCAACGAGGAUGCUCUUCCCGAAGAUGAAUAUGAGAGAGAGCAGCAGGGAAGCCGGACGGUUUACAUUAUCCACCCCAACUGUGCGAUCAUGGACUUUUUCGACAACCAGGCCCAGCCUGAGGAGCAGGAAACAGGAGAGGAGUAA